GUCAAAAUUUCUGGGUAUUUAAUUGUAAACAUUCAUCACAUAUGUCUUUAGAAACUUUGCCUAAAGAAUUACGACAUUUGAGAGCAUGUCUUUUAUGCUCUCUUGUUAAAACUGUUGAUCAAUUUGAAAUGGAUGGUUGUGAGAAUUGUGAGGACAUUUUGCAUAUUAAAAAUAAUAGGGAUUCUGUUUAUGAUUAUACCAGUGCCAAUUUUGAUGGAAUAAUUGCAUUAACCUCACCAGAAGAUAGCUGGGUAGCUAAAUGGCAACGAAUAGAUAAAUUUACAAAAGGAUGUUAUGCUGUCUCGGUAUCAGGAAAAUUACCUAAUGGAAUUAUCAGAGAAUUAAAAAGUAGAGGGUAUUUCUAUAAAUCUAGAGAUACAAGUUCAACUAACAAAUAAAUAUGAAUAUUAGUUUUUAAAUAUAUCUGUCAUAUUCAUAUAAAUAAAUUUAUAUGCACGAACAAACGGAUUUUUUCUACUUAUUUUUUAUUAUAACAGUUUUAUUUUCAUAUUUUUAAUAAAAAUUUGAUAUACUAAUGCAUAAUAUGGAUGAUUUGGUUGUAUAUAAAA